CUCAAACUUUCUAAUAACGAUAAGGCAGCUCUGUUAGAUAUCUGUAUGUUCAUCGUGACAACAUACGUGAAACCGUGGUUGCAAUGCACUUUAGAGGAUAAAACAACCUAACCAGGCUGUAUGCUUUUUAAAGGCAAUGAAGGCUUACGAAAGAAUUGACAAAACCGUUUCAAAAGCAGUUUUACAAAAGUUCUGCCAACAUUGACGGUACUUGACAGAUGAGGUAUCUGUCUUAUCUGUUUGACGACGACGUAGAUCAGGAAACUAAAGUAAAAAUUGUUGCUAAUUUAGCCAAAACAGUCCAUCGGCCCACGGUAAACGCUACAUUCCAUCGAAACUUGAACUUUCUGGUCCAGUUUAUGAUAAAUAUAUCGAUGACGUUGUUUCAAUCAAAAGCAAGUCCUUGUUCAGUCGAUUCAAAAUUGAUGACAGUUUUCUCGACGAAUAUCCAACUUCAUGGCCAUAUAAUGAGUCUUUUCAGCACGCUCAGAAUAAGGUGCAUACACUGAGAGCAGUCAAGUGCAAGAAUUCCAUGAAUUAAUCACUGCUAAUGAGGAACAAAAACAAUUUUUAUUACGUUGCAUACAAGUACACAGGCAGGCAUAUAUAUGAC